CUCAUCAGGAUCAGCUGCUCUGAUACUCAGUGAUAUAGACUCAGACUAAUUUUUGUUUCGUUUACUUUUGCAAAUUUAAAUGAAGGAUAAAAAAACACGGUUUAAGAGUAUUAAAAAUUUUGGCUAAGUACAGCCUAACUAAUAACUUUGGUGGUAUAAUAAACUGCCGAGAGACUUUUAAAGCGGGUGAAUUAUUGUGCAAACAGGCGCACUGAUGUUAACAGAUGGCUGAAGGCUUUCAACAUCAUUGUCUCUUUAUAGAGGAAAGACAAAGACCUGUAGAGGCCAGCAGUCCCCAACAACUGGAUCAGCUCUAAUUAGAGAAUGUGAGAGAACGAGAGAGAGAGAGGGAGAGAGAGAGAGAGAGCGCGCGAGAGAGAGGAUAUAGUGAAGCUGAACCACACAAGGUGCAGCAGAGCGCUUGUAGCGACUGUCGAUAUCUCCCAGACAAACUUGUUUUUUGUAGCCAUGCGCUUCCGUCCACUUCUGUCUGCGUUUUUAUCUCUGUGUGGGUGAGAUGUUGCCAAAUGCGACCGUUCUGCUGUGUUUUCUGGCUCUUCAGUUACGGCACUGUGCGGCUGAUCUGUGCAGCUGGACUGGAAGCGGUUUUGCAGCUGCUGUGGACUCCAGAAUCGUGCUCCAGGUGCGGCUGCGCUGUACAGAGGGCUCGGUGAGGUGGGUCUACCCGGGCCAGGCUGUCAGAGUGGUUCUGGAGCCCAACCUGUCCUCCAACCUGCGCACCACCGUCUGCAUCAAACCAUCUCCCUCUUUCCGCGGAGCCAGCGUGUUCAUCGAACGGGCCGGAGAGCUGGAGCUGCUGGUGACUGAUGGCGAGCGGCCGCGGCAGGUGUUCUGUUUCCGGGCAGAUGGACCGCACAGGCCCGCUCUCUACCUCCAAGCCAGCCCGCAGAGGGAAGGACACUGGAGCAGACGCACGAUGGGCUUUAGAUAUGAGCUGUUGGGCAACAGGAGUGCUGUGCCCGACUUGGGCCACAGCGGGCUGCAGACUUCUUGUCGACCCUGCAAUGAUACAGAACUCCUGAUGGCCAUCUGCAACAGUGACUUUGUGGUCCGAGGCUACAUCAAGAAUGUCACCCACAGCCCUGAAAGUCAGACAUCAUUGGUGGAGGUGACAGCGGUGAGGGUGUACUGGCAGCGCAGUAGAGUGUUUGAGCGACAAGUGGCUCCGGGGACAUCUCAAUCCAUCUCAUCUUGGCAUGGACACAUCCACACACUCCUACGGUGUCACGUGAGGCCCGGGGAUGGACAGUUUCUCUUCACAGGGUCAGAACACUUUGGGGAAGCUUGGUUAGGGUGUGCCCCGCGAUACAAAGACUUCCUGUCUGUCUACCAGACUGCCCGGGCGGCACGUCUGAAUUCCUGUGACUUCCCUUCAGACUGAGGAAGUGUGUUGUUUUGGCGGCACUGAGCCCUACAGUUUUCAUCCACAGGCAUUCUCAACCCUGUACCGGCACUGCGGGAUCCCUGUAAUGUUUUAAUGUGCCUUCAAGGUGGCGUCCAGUAUCACCAGCAGGGAGAAAGCUACUGAACUUCUGGUGAAAAACACAUUUGGAGGAGCAGAACAGGGGCAAACAGCAGGGGCCUCCUGCACUGAGGCUCAGGGAGGGCUAGCCUUUGUCUCUUUCCCAUCACUGCCCUCGGUCCUGGGAGACUGAGAAGGGGUUGGGUUGCUGCUCCCUCUUUGUGCUUCUCCCCACAUCGACUGUUGUUCACUUUGCUGGCUCAGUUUGACAGUUGCCCUCUGAACUGAGGCGGGAGGGUAGAAUGAAGGGCCGCCAUUUAUAAUCACCAGUUUGUCUUAGUGAGUAGACUUGAACAUAUAUGACUGUGGAGUUAUUUUCAUUCGGAUUCAUCUGUGCUGAAGUUUCAAAUCCUCUUUGUUUUGUCUAUUUAUACUCGGUGUUGUUGAAAAAUAAAUAAUUUCAAGACUCCUCCACAUAUCUUUGUUUAUUCAAAGGAUGAUUUGCCACAUUGUCCAGUUCUGGUAAAAAUAAUAUUUUUCUUUGUUUUAAGAAUGAUUUACUCCGAUGUCUGUUCAGCUUUCAUGGUACAAUUGUUUAAGCUUUCAUUUGAUCUUAAAUUCUUUAGGUAUUGAGAUGAGCCAAAGAAACAUUUGGUUGAAGUUUAUAUUUGACUGGAUUCAAUAAAUCCUCUAGGUCUUUCACUUUUAUUGUCGAGAUCAAAUGAUUUAACUCUGCCAAGCGUCCUUGAAAAAGUGAAAGGUGUUUUAUUUUUAUGUGUUGUAAAUCACGGUGAAAGUAGACUCUUUUGGUUGUUGCAGCCAAAUAUCUAAGGCAGUGGUUGUUUUAAUAUACGUUAGAUUGAUAAACAUUCAUAAAGGCAUGUGGUUUUUGAAAAGUACAAUUUUGGUUUUGUUAUCUACAAUAAAGAAAAAUUCUAAAUUUGAAUUUCAAACAUAUUAUUUUUACAUAAUUACACAUUUUUAUCUUAACGGAGAAUCUCAGUUCAUAUGUGAGUGAUAAAAUGUUCAGAAGUGAUUCAGCUCAUGACCAAUGCAUAAAAAUCUAAAUUUCAUGAGGUCUUCUAUUUCACAAGAAUGCAAUGACCGCUUAAACCUCUGCACUCUUUCUCUGCUAAACCCUUAAAUGAACUUACGCCCCUCUAUUCUCAUCA